GAGAAAUUAAAUCGAAUCUCUUACUCAACUUGCCCAAUACACUUUGUGGCAGCAGCAGUUUGAGGAAGAAAACUUGGCAGAUCUAGGAAUUUACCGAUAAAUAAUUCAAGAAAAUACUUGAGUUCUUUAGUUUGAUAGCCCAAGCUGUUGCAUUAUGGACCCCUCUAAGUCUGCGACCGCUCCUCCACCGGAAUGGGCCGGUGAGAAGUCCACUAUGGGCCAUGUGCCCCCUCCACCCUACCAGGACUACCCGAACCCGGGGUACCCUCAGCCCGGCCAGGGGUACCCUCAGCCCGGCCAGGGAUACCCUCAACCCGGCCAGGGAUACCCACCACAGCAGCAGGGCUAUGGAGCUCCGCCGCAGUAUGGAGGUGCUCUUGGGCAACAGCAGUACCCGGGAGGACAGCAAGCCACUGUCACAGUCCAGCCGACAGUGUACGUGACCCGAGGCCCGCUGGAUCACCCUGUCAACGACUACUUGUGCUACUCCAUCUUCACCCUGCUGUGCUGCUGCCUGCCACUUGGAAUUGCUGCCCUCAUCUACUCCAUCUCAGCCCGUGAAGCCAACCAUGCCGGGGACCAGAAUUCGGCGGAGCGGAGCAGCAGGAUGGCCAGGACACUGAACCACGUGGGCCUGGGACUCGGCAUCGGGUUCUUCAUCCUCACCAUCGUUUACAUUGCCGUUGUGGCAGGUUCAUUUCACUAAAUCUGUUUCAUCAUCUUUCCCAUAUUUCUAGUUCAGGUAAUUAGACCACAUGAGGAACAUUCCUGGUCAUCAGGAAGAAUUUUGAGUUGAAAAUGUGGAACCCUGAAGUCCCCAGAUUGGCUGAAGGUUAUUGAUAUAUUAAUCCACAGAAGAUGGCCAUGUCAUCCAUUACUCUCCAACACUGUAGAGAGUAACCAGUACAACCUUCCAAAUAUUCAGAUUUGUUCAACAUCUGUUGUGUCUGUGAUUUGCUUUUACUAUGUUAUCACACAUCAAAAAUCAACAAAAGAUAUAUUUUUCCAAAUUUGAUGCCUUAUAAAUUCACCGUAAAUCAGUGUUGCUCCACCACACAUGUAUUAUUAUCCAAAGUCUUUUAUAAUCCGUGUUUGAAUAGUAAAUGAUUAUCAAUACAUAGUUUGUAGUGUGUCAAAAUAUAUCUUGAGCUGAGGUUUGUUCAGUUUUGCAAUUCAAAGAUUGAGAUUUGUCUGAUUGUAUGAUGGCGGACAUUUUGCUGCCCUUUCAGCAGAAUUGUUGGCUGUAAAUAUUCACUUAACAACCUCUAGCUUUCUUAAAAGUAUGCAAACAUAGAAUAACAUACUACUAACCAAAGGAUACUUCAAAAAUACUCUCAGAAGUAGAGAUUUGGCUUUGAAUGGCUCCUGCUGAACAAGGGAAAGAAGAGAUGUUAAGCCUGUUUGUGUACGGGGUCUGAGAGUGCACACUACAAGGUGAUCUACUCCUCUUUGAAUUACACCAAAGUCCUCCUCUUUAUUCCAGCUGAACGGGAAUUCACAGCUUCACAUAAAAUCUGCAGAAAUUUAGCAACAGCAGAGCCAAUAUGGCUGACUCAGCCAGUUGCUCCAUCAGUGGCUCUGGCUCUAUUUUAAAAGCAUAUCGUUAUGUGUAUUGGUGUUGUUUGUCAUGCAAUGUUUGUAUGUUCUUUUAUUAACCAAAGCUGAAAAAAGUAAGAUUUACUGUACAACAGAUUUCUUUAAAAAUAAAGUGAAUAUAUUGAGAAUGAAAAAA